GAGAGAUUUAUCCCAGGACAGACAGGAGGAUUUCCCCCCCACCCAGAGAGGUUUAUCUCAGCACAGAUGGGAACCUGAGCUAUUUCAUGAAGCGUGUGUGUGUAUACCUGACGAUGGGAAUCGGUGGGUGAGUCCAGGGAAAUGAGUGUCCGAGAGUGAGUGAGGUUCAACUAGUGAGGGUGUGAGUGUCUGAGAGUGAGAGUGAGGGUCCGAGAGUGAGUGAGUGUCGAUUUGUGAGGGUCCCAGUGUCGGGUAUUGAGUGUGAGGGUUCGAGUGUCCAUAAUGUGCCUGGGUGAAAGAUUCGGUGUUUGGCCAGAGACCCAGGUCUGGUUCUGUCCUGCAUGGUGAUGCCUGUAAGUCACCACCUUUGAGGCCCCAUCGAUUUCCCCGUGAGACAGGUUGACCUGGGGGUGAAGCUGGUAGGUGUAGCAGGGGUUUAAGGUGCCAGGGCUGGGCGGUGGUGAGUUUGUCCCCUUGACGGUCCACUGGGGGAGUGGAGGGUACUGAAAGUCCGCAAUGACGUCCCCGCCUCAGUGGAAGGUUCAGCUGCUGGAGAGGAAGCGAAGGGAUGAGGAAGAGGGGAGGCGCAGGGAGAAGGAAGAGCAGGAGAGACUGGCCAGAAUUCCGGCCUGGAAGAGGGAGAUCAUCGAGAGGAGACGGGCCAGGCUGUGGCCUGGGUCCUCGCCGUCGGAAAUCCCAGCCGAGGGACAGGCUGGGCCUAGCCUGACAGGCUGCACGGCCAAGACCGGGACAGACGGGACGGAGCCUGAGGCCUGCGUCGCCGUAGCGACAGACGGCGUGGUGGUGUGGGAGAACAUUGGGCCCCUGUGUCAGAACCACUUCAUCCAGCGGGAGAAGCAGAGGAAGAGCGGUUUGGAGCUGGAGCAGGCCCCUCUGGGAGUCCCGGGGACUGAGCUGUCCAGCUACGCCCCCGGGGUGACUGCCAUACUGGGAGAUGACAUGACCAUCAUUGAGUCUGGGCCCGGGCUCGCGGGCACCAAGGGGAAGCCGCCGAGUGUGAACGGUGAUGCCGGUCAGCAUGGGGCGUAUCAGCCUGACCUCCGGUCCCCUUUGAGCAGGAGCGCGGAGGAUCUGAACUCCUUUGGGAGGUGCCGGGUGGAGGUGGGAGCGGAGGGUCCAGGCCAGGGAAGGGUUACCCGGCUGCUGAGCAGAUUCGGCCAGCGGGGGCGCCCCCGGGUGGCGGAGAGGGGGGAAGGGGAGGAGGCCCCGGCAAGGCCCUCCCGCUCCCGCAGCACGGAGAACAUCCUGGAACGCCGGGGCCGCUCCGGGGCCGCGUCUUCCUCCGUCCCACCAGGGUGCGCUCACGCCCCAGGUCGGGGGCGCAGGCCCCAGUCCCGCUCGCCCCCGUCCCCUCCACGCACGGUUUCCGCUUUCCGCAGCCACUUUGAGGCCCGUUCGGCAACAGAGACCCCGGGCCGGGCCUACCCCAUCAGCGAGGAGGCCCAAGUCACUAGGCUGGGGUCCCGGGGGCUAGUUGGGGAGGGCGGAGGAGGAGAAGGGGGGCAACCUGGGCCUGUUUCUGGGGGCAGCAGAAGGCCGGAUCCAGAUUCAGGCUCCGGCCCAGCGGUGGACAUCAAGGCCGAACCUGGGGAGGCCCAGGCUCUGGCCGACGGUGAGGCCGUGCCCCCCGAGCAGCCGCAGCAGCCUCAGGUGGAGGCCUCCGCUCCACUCCUCCUCUCCUCCCCCACCUCCCCUGACAACGUCAGCUCUUUCAGCUCUCCCAGGCCGCAGCAGCCCGUCAGUGCGGCUUCCUCUUCCUGUGCAGAGCAGGCCCCUGCUGCUGCUGCUUCCUGCCUUCCUGCCGUCACUUCUGCUGCGGCGACAGACCGGAGACACACCGGGGAGUCUGGGCCCUCAGGCGGGCAGCCUAUGCCAGGCCCGGAGAGGCCCCCCGUCCCCGAUCCUGGGCCGGAGCCAGACGCCACUCGGGGGGAGCCCAGCAGCGACAUGAGCGGGCCUCAGCCUCCCACUGCCGGCCCCCGGGAAGUGAGGCUUCCGGCCUUCACCGUUCGAGCCAGCCGCGGAAGGGGAGGGAGAGGGGGUGCCCGCGAUACGGAGGGCACCACUGAUGGAGGGCAGGGCCUGAAGGGUACCUGGUCACCCACGCCCUCCAGGCAGGCCCCCGGGGCGGUGAUGGAGGAUGGCGAGGGGAGGCUGCGACCCAUCUUCUCCCCUGCCCCCCAGCGCAAGUCGGGCAGGACCAUCACCAUCAACCCCCGCAAGAUGGCGACCAGCAAAACCCCGCCCUCUGGCAACGCCACGACGACAGAGAAUGGCACCUCGGGGACACCGCCCGCAGUCUCGCCAGCUACCCCGGCAAAGAAACGGUAUCCGACGGCAGAGGAAAUCCAGGUGAUCGGUGGCUACCUGACCCUGCAGAGGUCGUGCCUGGUCAAGUCUGGCGUCAGUCGGGGGAAGGUAAGAGGCAUGCCCAGCGAAUCGGGCAAUGGGGCACACCUGGAAGGUGGGCGCUGGAGGUGGGCGAGGUGGGGUUAG